UUCUGAUUACGCCAGCCCUUCUCUCUUUUUACGAUCAUUUGCUUUUGUUGGCUCCGAUCCUUCACAAAUUCAUGGAUUGGCUAGAGAAGCUCUUUUUUGCAGGUUUCAUCAUUCUUGCUGCAGCCAUUGAUGGAGCUCAGGCAGAUGCUCUGGUCAGUGGCACCGUCUUCUGUGACCAAUGCAAAGAUGGCGAAAGGUCCCUCUUUGAUUAUCCUGUUUAUGGAAUUAAAGUUACACUCUCCUGUGCCAACAGUGAGGGGCAAGUGACACUGUCAAGGCAAGAGACUACAAAUUGGUUGGGAAGCUAUGUUCUGAAAUUUGAUGGUGCCCCGGACUUGAACGGUUGUUAUGCCCAGGUUUCAGGGAGUGGACAAGGUUCAGAGGGUUGUGCUGCUGCUGCUGGUCCUGCCCAAAAUCUUAGACUUAUGUUUAGGAUGUUUGGCAUGGAGAUGUACACAGUGGAUCCUUUGCUGUCUCAGCCAGCUCAGCCCAUGUCAUUCUGCCCAAGGUCAGCUAACCCGGUGCCCGCACCGGUAGCACCAGAAGCACCGGCAGCACCGGCAGCACCAGAAGCACCGGCAGCACCGGUAGCGGGACCGGCAAGGUCUCCUCCGCCUUUCAGGCUUCCGCCACUGCCUGGAUUGCCUCCACUGCCUCCAUUGCCACCACUGCCUCCACUGCCACCGCUGCCCUUCUUGGAAGCUUCAGCAUGCCCACAUGACAAUUGGACAAUGCCGGAGUACAAAUGCUACUGGAGGGCGGUGAACCCAGACACAAAGGUAGGGGUUACCUUCGGUUUGCUUGCAGCUAGGCGAUAUGGGACAGACAUGACACUGUGGCAAGGCCUGCAAGGAAGAGGAGACCUCUACAGGACGCUUCUAAGGGAAGGGACCACUGCCUUUCUCAACUCUUACAAUAGCCUUCACUUUCCUUACAAUGCAAUUGGUGUGGUCCAACACAUGAACUGGGCCUUGAUGGGCUCCCCUCGAAGUGCCCUCCUCACGGCUCUCCGGUUCAAGAGGGCCAAUUCUGGUUCCGGUUCUAGCAAUACCGUCACUUGCAAGUUCACCCCUUGCAAGUGAUUCAUCGCUCGAUCGACAUUAUAGAAACUACUAGAUUCUUGACAUUACGAGUUAUUAUUGUUAUUUGUUCUGUAUUUUAUUAAGUUAAAAUAAAGGAAUAUGGUAUUUGACAAAGUUU